AUGGUUUCGGGAGCGGUGCGGCGCACCGUGCUGCUCCCGUACCUCGGAGCUACCGGUUCAGCACAACUACUCGUCUCCGCGCGUCCUCAUUUAAUACCCCUCCGUGAGCCGCUGCUGCCCAGUGCAGCCAUUUGGACAUGCUCAAAGAUUCCGGCCCAGCCGACUCGACCUUUUUCCGCCGCUACCUCGACAUGUUUGACGAGCGCGAACAACUUUGCGCCAGUGGGUUCGCGUUUCAGCACGCUACCGGCAAAGGCGCCCACCUCAUUUCUAGGCCUGGGCAACCGGUUCAGCUCGCCCUCAGGCAUCCUGCAGCGAUUCUCGACGACCCCAACGUCAUGGAAGCAGUCUGUCAAGGAGACGAGCCUGCAAGAGGAUUCACGGGAAGGUAGCAAGGCUGUAGAGAACGCGGAAGCGAAGAAGGAUGGAGAUGUGACAACACCCAGCGCGAACCCCAACGACGACGGGCUUGAGUCUCUUGGGUUCAAAAAAAGCGAAAAGGCACUCAAGGCGUCCCAGAUCAACAUGAGCGCACGUCUAUCCAAGGAAAGCAAGGCACAGCCCUCCAAGGCCGGCAUGGGUGAGAUAUGGAGAUUGCUCAAGAUUGCACGACCAGAGCUCAAGUGGCUCGCAAUCGCCUUUGUCUUUCUUCUCAUCUCGUCCAGCGUCACCAUGUCGAUUCCUUUCUCGGUUGGGCGAAUCCUUGACUUGGCGACCAAGGGCGAUGUAGAGAGCACCCGCAUCUUCGGCCUUACCCUGACGCAGUUCUUCAUGGCAUUUGGUGCCUUCUUGACCCUGGGUGCUGUGGCCAACUUUGGCCGCAUCAUUCUGCUGCGGAUUGUCGGCGAGCGUGUCGUUGCCCGCCUAAGGUCGCAGCUUUACCGUCGCACGUACACGCAGGAUGCCGAAUUCUUCGAUGCCAACCGCGUAGGUGAUCUCAUCUCGCGUCUCAGCUCGGACAGUGUCAUCGUCGGCAAGAGCAUCACGCAGAACGUCUCGGAUGGCAUGCGCUCAAUUGUCAGCGGAUGUGCUGGUGGUUGUGCAAUGCUCUGGCUUAGCCCCAAGCUGACGUCGAUCCUGCUGCUCAUGUUCCCGCCAAUCGCUAUCGGUGCCUUUAUAUACGGUCGCAUGAUCCGCAACAUCAGUCGGCAGAUUCAGCGAAACUUGGGAACACUGACAAAGAUCGCCGAGGAGCGUCUGGGAAACAUCAAGACAAGCCAGGCUUUUGCCGGUGAAGUACAAGAGGUUCACCGAUACAACAGCCAGAUCAGGAAGAUUUUCUCUCUGGGCAAGAGGGAGUCGUUUGUCGCUGCAACCUUCUACGGCUCUACGGGAUGGGCGGGGAACAUGACCAUCCUUGCCUUGUUGGUCGUUGGAGGAGGUUUGGUUCGGUCGGGAUCUAUGUCUCUUGGCGACCUUACUUCUUUUAUGAUGUACACGGCCUUUGCGGGAUCCAGCCUUUUCGGAGUAUCAGGGUUCUACUCGGAACUGAUGAAGGGUGUUGGUGCCGCAAGCCGUCUGUUUGAACUUCAAGAUCGCAAGCCUACCAUUCCCCAGACUGUUGGACUGAAGGUGAAGUCGGCACAGGGACCCAUCAAAUUCUCCAACGUGUGCUUUGCCUACCCGACCCGCCCAGCCGUUUCGAUCUUUAAUGGACUGGAUUUCGAGAUACCCUCCGGUAGCAAUGUCUGUGUGGUCGGACCUUCAGGUGGUGGCAAGUCGACCGUGGCAGGCUUGCUACUACGAUUCUACAACCCCACGUCUGGAACAAUCACCAUAAACGGUGUUGACAUCUCCAAGAUGAACGUCAAGUCCCUCAGACGGCGCAUUGGCAUGGUGGCCCAGGAGCCAGUACUGUUCUCCGGCACCGUCGCGGAAAACAUUGCCUAUGGCCGACCCGAAGCCUCUAGGGCCGAGAUCAUCGCCGCGGCCCAAAAGGCUAAUUGCGGCUUCAUCAGCGAUUUCCCCGAUGGCCUUGAGACGCAAGUCGGUGCCCGCGGCGCGCAGCUGUCUGGUGGCCAGAAGCAGCGCAUCGCCAUCGCGCGCGCCCUGCUCAAGGACCCGGAUAUUCUCAUCUUGGACGAAGCCACGUCAGCGCUCGACGCUGAGUCGGAGACCUUGGUGAACUCUGCGCUCGCCCAGCUGCUCAAGGGACGCAACACCACCAUCAGCAUCGCCCAUCGCCUGUCAACCAUCAAGAGGAGCGAUAAGAUCAUUGUGCUUUCCAGCGAGGGCAGGGUCGCUGAGAUUGGAAGCUACACUGAGCUGAGCGCCAACCCAGACAGUGCCUUUAGCAAGCUCAUGGAGUGGCAGAUGAGCGGCGGUGACGUCCCGUCCCAGCAGAGGCCCCCGCCUACCAUCACGGAGGCGGAGGCGAUAUCCGAGGAGCUCGAGACGGAUGAGGAGCCGGCAGUCGAGGAGGAGGAGGAUGUUGAGGAGAGUGAUGACAAGGAUGCAAAGAAGCCAUCGGAGAAGGAGUAA